CUAUCGAAGGGUAACCCGAGCCCAGAGAAACCCGCGGCGGCGGUGCCAACACCUAGCCGCCGCGGUCGGGGCCGACUUUUCCGCAGAGGCGGCCGGGGGCGCGGGGGGGGGAGCGGGCGGCGGCCCCGCCAUGCAGUACCAGCCGCCGGGCGCGGCGCCGGCCCUGGGCGUCGGCGUCCCGCUGUACGCGCCCACGCCGCUGCUCCAGCCCGCGCACCCCACGCCCUUCUACAUCGAGGACAUCCUGGGCCGCGGCCCCACCGCCGCCCCGGCCCCCCACUCCCUGCCCGCCCCGCCGCCGCCGACCUUGCCGUCUCCCAACUCCUCCUUCACCAGCCUGGUGUCCCCGUACCGGACCCCCAUCUACGAGCCGACCCCCAUCCACCCGGCCUUCUCCCACCACCUCGCCGCCACCUACAGCACCGGCGCCUACGCUGGGCCUCUCUACUCCUUCCCCCGCGCCGUCGGCGACUACGCGCACGCCUUGAUCCGGCAGGACCCCUUGGGGAAGCCGCUGCUGUGGAGCCCCUUCAUCCAGCGGCCGCUGCACAAGAGGAAAGGGGGGCAGGUCCGCUUCUCCAACGACCAGACCAUCGAGCUGGAGAAGAAGUUCGAGACGCAGAAAUACCUCUCCCCGCCGGAGAGGAAGCGCCUGGCCAAGAUGCUGCAGCUCAGCGAGAGGCAGGUCAAAACGUGGUUUCAGAACCGCAGAGCCAAAUGGAGGCGCCUAAAGCAGGAGAACCCUCAGGCCACCAAAAAAGAAGAAGUGGAAGGUGCUGACAGUCACAGUGACCAAAGGCAGGAGAGCUGCCUGAGCCCUGAGCAGAAGGGUAAGGAAGUCUCCCUGGACGGCUCGCAGUACACCCCCUCUCCAGCCUCACAGGAGGACCUGGAAUCAGAUGUCUCUGACGAUUCUGACCAAGAAGUGGACAUUGAAGGGGCUGGUUUGGAAGAAUACGAUGCUACAGGAGAAAACUUUCACCAUUCCACUGAAAGAAAAGAAAAAUCCAACACCAAAUAGACUCAUUUUAUAAUAAGCAGAGAAAGACAUAUUUUCUGCCAACAGUCCAUAUUUUGCAGAUCUCUAAUUUGCUUAAAGGAACAUGGUUUGUAUUUAAUUAUUUGUAAGAUAUAUUUGUACAUUAAUCAAUGUUCUAACUGGAAUAUAAUACUGCAUCCUGUCCUUACUCAUGGGGAGUCUGAAUCAGCUGCUGCCGGUGAUCAGGCACAACUCCUCUCUAACUAGCGUGGAAGUGAGUAUGGAUUGCAGGACUAAGCUCUUUGUAUGUGUAAACAAAUGUAGUUUAAAUAGAUUAAUUUAAACUCCCUUUGCAAGCAGAGAAAUGUGUUCUGUGAAAUAGGGAGACAUCUGAGUAUCCUGACAAGUGCCUUAUUCUCAAACCCUUUUACUUGCUGUGGUGCUUUCCAGCAAGACAUCCUUCGAUUCAUCAGGUGGAGUCUUUGGACAGAUUCAUUUUUGCUCUUGUGUGAGAUGAAAUGUGCCUUCUCAGAUUUUUGAGGACUUUUGCAUUCUCGAUGGCUCCAUUUGCAAGGAAAAAAAAAACCCCGCCUUCAUUUUUCUCCUUGAAAAAUCCUCAGCACUGUGUUUUACAGAUUCUGUGUUAGAGAAGAAGAUGUGGAGAGUGAUAGGGUUCUGCUGCAGGAGAGAAACUGGCAUCAGCUGUGGGGAACAAGUGAGGCACAGAGCCGUGGGAAGAUACUGCCUAUUGUAUACAUAUCUGCUUCUGUACAUACUAGUUUUCUUUAAAACUCUUGCAGUUUUAUACCUCACAUUGUUCAUAUUUUGUACAUAUUUUUGUUCAAUGUUUAAAAAAAAAAAAAGCACACUCUGGUAUUUAAUUUUUUAUGGGCUUGUCCAUGAAAUAAAAAA